CGCCUGGCCCUGCAAAUUCAAACCCAUCUUUCGCUUAUGACGAUGACGUCAUACUAUUGAUGUCAACAGCAUCAUUGAACCAACAUGGCGGAAGUUUUACCGUCGCCAGAGGUCGUGUGGGCAGAGCGUUCAGAUGUGUUGUACGUCACCAUUAGACUAACAGACAUACACAACCACAAGCUCGAUGUAACGGAAGAAAAGCUGAUUUUUAGUGGCACAGGGGGUACUCAAGAUAGACCAUACUAUUGCGAGUUGGAAUUCUUUCGACCUGUCAAACCUCAGGACACAAAACAAAAGAUAACUCAACGAGAGGUUUUUCUGAAAUUGACAAAACAGGAGUCCGGUUCCUACUGGAACUGUCUAGUGAAGGGUAAAAAGCCACAUUUUGUACACACUGACUUCAGUCGCUGGAAAGACGAAGAUGACUCAGAGCCUGAAGGAGAUAACGAGCCCGAACUGGAAGGAUUGAUGUCACAGAUGGGUGGAUUGGGUGAUGAUGUAUCAGGACUCGAGGACACACUAGACUCAGACGAUAGCGACAAUGAAGAGCUUCCUGAUCUAGAAUCAAAGCCUGUGGAGGAUGAGGCGACUGUUUCAAAAGAUGAUCAUGAAGAGGAGAGUGUGUGAGAUGAAAAUGACUCUAGCGCUGCAGAAUAAGAAUACGUCUAGCCAAUUCUGUUUGUUUCUGGUUUUCUGUAAUGUUGUCAUUAUCACUGGUUUCUGAUCAGAUCGACAUCGGAUCUGACAAUUGCGUGUUUACAUGCAUGGCACGUGCUUAGCGCGCGUUAGACAUGUUCGUGUUGGAAUACGAAACUCUGGAAUACGAA